AUGUCCGUCGAUGUCGUCCCUUAUGCUCCACGAAGUAUAUUGGAGACUCUUCCUUGCCAACUGCCGCAGUCGCACUUCGACGUUGGUGCCGACUUCGAGAGCAUUGCAACUCCCGUAAUACAGUCUCUCGAAAAUAUCGAAGCUUCGAAGCUUUCGUCGGAGUCGAUAUGGCGGGACCUCUUCGCCCUGACGGGCAGCAUGCGAACCAUCUACUCCCGAGAGUCCAUUGUGAAAGCAUGGUCCGACACCUGCAAAUCUCGGCAGGCAGGAGAUUUCGCCUUGGUCAAAGGGUCGGCCCACGCGUUGCGGCUUGACAAGGACACCGGCUGGGUCAAUGUAUCGUUCAGCUUCCGCAACCAAGGAACCCCAGCGGCGACGUGCCGUGGGUAUCUGUCCCUGAUCCGCGAAGAGGAUGGGGAAUGGAAGAUCUGGAUGAUUAGGACUGUUCUUGAACAGCUGGAGGGAUGCGAGGACGUCGACGUCCUGCAGCCUGUCGAGCGGGGGUUGAACGGUGUGAACGGUCAUCACGACGGCCAAGUGAAUGGAAAUCAUGCACUCGCCAAUGGAGCCAACGGAGACACCGCAGCAACCAGCUCGGCGCCCCAUUUCGACUGUGUCGUCGUGGGCGCAGGUCAAGCGGGCCUUGGGACCGCCGGCCGUCUUCAAGCGCUUGGACUCUCGUACGUGGUUCUUGACAAGAAUGCCCAAGUCGGCGACAACUGGAUGACGCGCUAUGACUCGGCCAGACUGCACACGGCGCGCGAAUACAACCAUCUGCCCUUCGACCGCACGUUCCCGCUUCCCUACCAGGAAUUCCUCACCAAGUACGACCUCGCCAGGGGGUACAAAGCGUGGGUCGAGAAGUUCGGCAUCGACCAGCACAUCUGGUUCCAGACGACUCUGGACUCGGGCUCGUGGGACGAGCAAUCCCGCACCUGGACCUUGCACGUCAGGCGGGCGGACGGCUCCGUGCAGACACUCACGACGAACCACGUCGUCAUGGCCACGGGCUCAGGCGGACAGAUCCCCAUCAUGCCGCACUACCCGGGGCGCGAAAGCUUUCAGGGCACGGUGCUGCACUCGGCCGACUACAAGUCCGCGGAGCCGUGGCGCGGACAGCCCGGCAUUGUCGUCGGCACGGCCAACACGGCGCACGAUGUCGCCGAGGACAUGGUCGAGGCGGGACUCUCGCAGAUCACCAUGGUGCAGCGGUCGCGCACGUACGUGUUGCCGUGCGAAUACUUCAAGGUCAUUUCGGACAGAUCGUACAAUGAGAAGGUCCCCACCGUGGACGCCGAUCGCGACGGCUACACGCAGCCGUACGCGGUUACGCGGCUGCUGAGCCGCAGGGCGUUGCAUGCCGCCGCGGCGCAGGAGCCCGAGCGCUUCGACGCGCUCGAGAGGGUCGGCUUCCGGGUGGAAAGGUACGGCGACAUCAUGUGGCAUAUCUGUGAGAAGAUGGGAGGACACUACAUGGACGUGGGAUGCUCAGACCUGAUCGCGAGAGGGAAGAUCAUGAUGAAAUCCGACGCCCUUCCGACGCACUACACAUCGACAGGCCUGGCGUUCAGCGACGGCACCGAGAUCCCCGCCUCGGUCAUCGUCUUCAGCACCGGCUUCGUAGGCAACAUGCGCACCGACGUGGCGCGGAUCUUCGGUCAGGAGGUGGCGGCCCGGGCAGACGACUUCUGGGGUCUAGACAGCGAGGGCGAGCUCAAGGGCGUGUUCAAGCAGAACAGACAGCCCGGCCUGUGGUACAUGGGUGGCACGGUCGGGCACGCGCGGUACUUUUCGAGGUUCGUGGCGUUGCAGAUCAAGGCGGACAAGGUGGGCACGCCGCUGCCAGUGUAUGACGGAGAGAGGAGGACGGAGACGGUGGAUAUGAGAGUGGUUUCGGACGGGGGUUUGUUGCAGAACGGGCAUUGA